UGUGCACGUGAUGGUGGGCGUAGAACCAUAAAACUGACACAUGUUUUUAAAAAUAAAUCAAGAGAGAGGGAAGUAUAGAACUAUUCUUGUUUGGAUCAUCCGAAUCUCAAUCUCUGGCAAUGGGUGAAGAGAAAUGGUGUGUGGUGACCGGCGGAAGAGGCUUUGCUGCUCGACAUUUGGUCGAAAUGCUCAUCCGCUAUGAAAUUUAUCAUGUCCGCAUUGCUGAUUUGGGGCCAACCAUUAAACUUGAGCCUCAUGAGGAAAAGGGUAUUCUUGGAGAAGCCCUCAAAUCUGGCCGUGCUCUAUAUGUAUCCAUGGAUCUUCUUAACAAGUCCCAAGUCCUCAAAGCUUGUGAAGGAGCUGAGGUUGUUUUCCACAUGGCUGCUCCAGAUUCAUCGAUCAACAACCACAAGCUCCACUAUUCAGUUAAUGUGCAAGGAACCCAGAAUAUAAUUGAUGCUUGCGUUGAGCUGAAAGUGAAAAGACUUAUUUACACCAGCUCUCCCAGUGUGGUGUUUGAUGGAAUUACUGGAAUUCUAGAUGGGGAUGAAUCACUGCCAUAUCCUGCGAAGCAUAAUGAUUCCUACUCUGCAACUAAAGCUGAAGGAGAGGCACUUGUUAUGAAGUCAAAUGGUACUAAAGGGCUGCUGACAUGCUGCAUUAGACCUAGCAGUAUUUUUGGCCCUGGUGAUAGGUUGCUAGUUCCUUCACUAGUCGCAGCUGCAAGGGCUGGAAAAUCUAAGUUCAUUAUUGGUGAUGGAAAUAACCUGUAUGAUUUCACUUACGUGGAGAAUGUGGCACAUGCGCAUGUGUGUGCGGAACGAGCUCUAGCAUCAGGAGGAGCAGCUGCAGAGAAAGCUGCUGGGAACGCUUAUUUCGUCACGAACACGGAGUCCAUUAAGUUUUGGGAGUUCGUAUCACUUAUUCUUGAAGGUCUUGGCUAUGACAGGCCAAGUAUUAAGAUUUCUGCAUCUGUUAUGAUGCCAAUUGCACAUUUGGUGGAACUGACUUAUAAGCUGUUAGCACCUUAUGGAAUGAAGGUCCCACAGUUGACUCCUUCGAGAAUCAGACUUCUCUCUAUGAGCAGAACAUUUAGUAGUUCAAAAGCAAGUGAUCGACUAGGAUACGCACCUAUUGUCACACUUCAGGAGGGCAUAAGGAGGACCAUUGAAUCCUAUCCACAUCUGAGAGCUGAACACGGGUCGGGAAAGGAUGGUCCUAAAUCAUCUGCAUCUCUUUUUAAACGGUUCUUCCUCCUGGUGGUUUUCUCUCUAUUAAUUCUAAGCGUACUUGGGAUCAUUUCACCAUGGAGUUUUUUCGUCAUAGGAAUCUUAGCUGCCUUUGUUGUGUUCUUGAUAUUUGACAAAAGCAAGAAGAAUUAGAUCAUUUAGUUCAUGCAGAAUUUGGUCUAGCAUUGAUGGGAGAACUUUCAACUCU